AUGUCUCGCAAGGCCAUUGUUGGCCAUCGCGCUCUUUGGUUUCGCGACAACGACCUCCGCCUUGAUGACAACCCUGCGCUCCAAGCAGCCUAUCGUAAUGCAAAGACACUGCUGCCUGUGUAUGUGUUUGAUCCUGUGUGUUUCAAUACGCUCACACCGUACGGUGGUGCCCGUAAAAGCACUGCCCGUAAGGCAAAGUUUCUUUUAGAGUGUGUGUCAGCACUUCGACGGCGAUUAGAGGCACACGGCUCUGGCUUGGCCGUCGGACUCGGCGGUGUUUCGGACAUCGUGCCAAGCUUUAGUACAGGUUGCGAGGCUGUCUUUGUCACCGAAGGUUUUUGUAGCGAAGAGAAGAGGGCAGAAGCCCACGUUGCUAGAAGGUUGGUGUGCGGUGAGCUGAAGCGUAUUUGGGGCGGUACGCUGUUCUUCCCGACUGAGCUCGGGAACGAUCCAGACAAUAUCCCAUUGGGGCACAUGCAAUUCAGAAGCAACUGCAGGUCGAAAGGCCGCAUUAGAGAUCCAAUUCCUGAGCCAUCGCGACUGCCACCCUUACCCCAAUGGGAAGACAUGGGUUCGGAGACAGACAUUUUGAAGGCAUUGGAGUUCAUGCCCAGUUUACAGGACUUGGGUUUUUCUGCGGCUGAGGCAGAGGCUGCCCUUGUGGACGACCCCAGAGGAGCCAUGGUGUGGAAAGGCGGCGAAGAUGCCGCAUGGGCCCGGCUCCAAAAGUGGAUGUUCGACGAUGACAAUCUCAAAGAUUACCGAGAUAUUCAAAAUGGCAUGGUAGGGGAGGGGUAUUCAUCGAAGCUAAGUCCGUGGAUUGCCCGUGGCUGCAUUUCCGUCAGGCGGAUUCGGAAAGAAGUUUUGCGGUACGAGGCCGAACGGAUGAUCAAGAAUUUCAGUACGUAUUGGCUCCCAAACAUGUUGGAGUGGCGGGACUUUAUGAUCUACAUUGCCAGAAGUCAGGGUGAUCGAAUUUUCAAGCUGGGUGGUAUUAUUGGCGACCGAGCGCCCUGGCACGGGACCAAGGAGGACCUGCAGGCCUGGAAGGAUGGUCGUACGGGGGAGGAGCUUGUCGAUGCUGGCAUGAAGGAGCUCCUGCUCACAGGAUACAUGAGCAUGCGUGCCCGCCACAUUGUUGCCACCUAUCUGGUAUACGAUCUUGGUGUCGACUGGCGCCACGGCGCCGCGCAUUUCGAGGAGCAUCUGCUUGAUUACGAUGCAGCCUUGAACUGGGUCAUGUGGAUGCAAGCGCCUGGGCUGCUUGGGCGGGGCGGGCGCCACCAGGGCUUGAUGCGCCUGAAUGUGAAGAAGACCAUUUCGAAUAAGAAAAACGGAAACAGCUGUAUAGUCAGGCCGCUGACCGCCAGUAUGUCCAACAUUGGCUUGCUUCUGGUCGAGGUGCGGCUGCAAAUGGCUCUGUGUGCCAGGAGCCACGGCAACAGCGUCCUGCGCCUAGCCAGCGACAGGUGA